UUACCGGCCGCUUUCUUCUGGUAUAACAAGUGGUUUACGAAAGCUAUGAAACCCAGAGUUCUUAUAUUUGGGACACUUCUUGGUCUUCAGGGUUUGUUGGGUUGGUAUAUGGUUAAGAGUGGUCUCGAAGAGAAGUCUGAAUACCAAAGAGAUCCCAAAGUGAGUCACUACCGAUUGGCCGCACAUUUGGGAACAGCUCUUGUCUUCUAUUCACUGUUGUUGUGGUCGGGUUUCACUCAUUUGAUGCCUCCCUCACAGAUUGAAAACAGUCGACAAAUAAUGAAGUUUCGCAAAUAUACUCAUAUGACUAAAGGUCUGGUAUUCCUGACGGCAUUAUCGGGUGCUUUAGUCGCCGGACUGGACGCUGGUUUGGUCUACAACUCGUGGCCAUUAAUGGCUGACCGAUGGAUUCCCACUGAUAUCCUCUCACAGUCUCCCAAAUGGAAGAACUUCUUUGAAAACGCGACAACUGUUCAGUUUGACCACCGAUUGUUAGGGGAACUGGUGUUUUGUGCGGCAACUGGUCUUUGGGUGUAUUCCAGACGUUUGCCUUUAAGUGGUCGGACACGUCUGGCAGUGAACUGUCUAUUCGGGGCCACAGUAUUACAGGUGGUCCUCGGUAUCACUACACUCUUACUAUACGUUCCCAAACCAUUGGCCGCUUCCCACCAGUCGGGAGCACUAACUGUCCUCUCGAUUGCCAUUUGGUUGAGCCAUGAAAUGAAACUUUUGAAGCGAAUU